UCUCAGACAUUUGUAGGCUGAAGACGUUUCUAAUCAAAGUUUAUUAUCAAUUUCACCAUUUGUUCUUCUUUGUUUAAAACUGGUUUAGUUUGACUCAAUUAGUUUCUGUCAAUAGAACAUUUUUAUUGGAAAAAUGGCAGCGAAAAUUCUUGACACACCCGAUAUUGAGAGCUUGUUAUCUCUAAAUCCACGCGUCCAAACUAAAUGUUCCGUGCUUUCAACUGUUGAGUCGCAAAAAAACAAAAAGCAUUGGAAACGUAACGCAGAUAAGAGCGAAGCUAAUUGUCGUUCGUUAAAAAAUGAUUUCACUGAUAUCAAACAUACGACACUUUCUGAACGUGCUGCAUUAAAGGAAGCAGCGAGAUGUUUAAAAUGUGCUGAUGCUCCGUGUCAAAAAUCAUGUCCAACUCAACUUGACAUCAAAACUUUUAUCUCAAGCAUCUCCACGAAGAAUUAUUACGGUGCAGCUCGAUCAAUUUUCUCUGAUAAUCCUUUGGGGUUAACGUGUGGAAUGGUUUGUCCUACCAGUGACUUGUGUGUAGGUGGAUGUAACUUGGCAGCUGUUGAAGAAGGGCCAAUAAAUAUCGGAGGGUUACAACAAUUCGCAACUGAAGUUUUUAAGCGCAUGGGCUUGAAGCAAAUUUUAGACCCAAACAUAAAACCUUUAACAACAAAUGCUGAAGCUCCGAUUGUUCUUCUUGGUGGUGGGCCGGCAUCUCUAUCAUGUGCAACAUUCUUAGCUCGUCUUGGCUACAAGAAUUUAACAGUUUAUGAGAAGCAAAAUUAUUUAGGAGGAUUAAGUUCAUCUGAAAUUCCACAAUAUCGAUUGCCAUUUGAUGUCGUUGACUUUGAGAUUAAUUUAGUGAAAGAUCUCGGAGUGAAAUUUGAAACUGGAAGAAGUUUGUCGUCAAAGGAUAUAACAAUACAAAAACUUCUUGAUGACGGAACGGCUGCAAUAUUCCUUGGCAUUGGAUUACCACAAGCUAAAAUUGCGCCGGCAUUUCAAGGCUUAACAGAGAGUCACGGAUUCUUCACAUCGAAAGAUUUUCUUCCACGUGUUGCUGAUGGAAGCAAGAAAGGAAUGUGCGGUUGUAAAUCUUCAAAUCUUCCUGUCUUAAAUGGAAAUGUCAUUGUUCUUGGAGCUGGCGACACAGCAUUUGAUUGUGCAACAUCUGCUUUAAGAUGUGGAGCAGCAAAAGUCUUUGUUGUGUUCAGAAAAGGUUCAACAAACAUUCACGCCGUUCCGGAAGAAGUUGAACUUGCGAGGGAAGAGAAAUGUGAGUUUAUUCCAUUCAUGUCACCAGUUGAAGUCAUCACUAAAAAUGGAAGAAUUACACAUGUCGAGUUUUGUCGAACAGAGAAAGACGAAAAUGGAAAGUGGAUUGAAGAUUUUGACCAAAUUGUGAGGCUUAAAGCUAACUUUGUAAUAUCUGCUUUUGGUUCUGGUUUGCAAGAACCAGAAAUGAUUAAAGCAAUGUCACCAGUUCCACUCAAUACUUGGGGUUUACCAGACAUUAACGAGAAGACUCAACAAACUUCUGUGCCGAGUAUUUUCUGCGGAGGUGAUCUUGGUGGUUACUCAGGAACAACUGUUGAGUCAGUAAACGAUGGAAAGACUGCAGCUUGGUACAUGCAUUGCUAUCUGCAAGAUUUACCCUUCAACACUGAACCGAGUCUUCCUUUGUUCUUCACUGAAAUUGAUCUUGUUGAUCUUUCAAUAGAAAUGUGUGGCGUAAAGUUUGAAAAUCCUUUUGGACUAGCAUCAGCACCUCCAACAACCAGCAUUCCAAUGAUUCGUAGAGCUUUCGAACAAGGCUGGAGUUUUGCAUUAACAAAGACAUUUUGUCUUGACAAAGAUAUGGUCACAAAUGUUUCACCGAGAAUCGUCAGAGGAAGUACUUCCGGGGAAAAUUAUGGACCGGGACAAGGAAGCUUCCUGAACAUUGAAUUGAUAUCUGAAAAAUGUGCUGACUAUUGGCUGCGUGGAAUCAAAGAAUUACGAGAAGAUUUUCCGACGAAAGUUGUUGUUGGGAGCAUAAUGUGUUCGUAUAAUAAGGAAGAUUGGAUUGAACUUGCACAGAGAACUGAAGCAGCUGGUGCACAGAUUCUUGAAUUGAAUUUAUCAUGUCCACAUGGUAUGGGCGAGUCAGGAAUGGGGUUAGCAUGUGGUCAAGAUCCGAUAUUAGUUCGAGACAUUUCCAAAUGGGUGCGAGCUGCUGUUAAAGUUCCAUUCUUUAUUAAGUUGACGCCAAACAUCACUGACAUUGUCUCCAUUGCUAAAGCGGCUCAUGAAGGUGGUGCUGAUGGUGUAACUGCCAUUAACACUAUCUCUGGUUUGAUGUCGUUAAAUGCUGAUGGCGUUGCAUGGCCAAAUGUUGGAAAAGAGAAAAGAACAACAUACGGCGGAGUUUCAGGAAAUGCUACAAGACCAGUUGCUUUACGAGCGAUUUCAUCUGUUGGAAAUGCUUUGCCUAAUUAUCCAAUUAUGGGCACGGGUGGAAUCGAUUCAGCGGAUUCUGCUUUACAAUUCCUGCAAUGUGGAGCGUCAGUAUUGCAGAUUUGUUCAGCAGUUCAAAAUCAAGAUUUCACCGUCAUUCAAGAUUACAUCAGUGGAUUGAAAGCUCUUUUGUAUUUGAAAAAUAAUCCACCACCGGAAAAUUUGCAUUGGGAUGGCCAAUCACCACCAACACAAAAACUUCAGAAAGGAAAAGCUGUUGUUAAACUCACCGAUGAAGAUGGAAAUACUUUGAUGCACUUUGGUGAAUAUUCAAAGAAGCGAGAAGAGAAAAUUGUUAAACUACAUGAAGAAAAAGGUUCACUUUAUGAUCCUUUAUCAGAACAAUUAGAGGCAGUAAAAAUAUCACCAUUGAAUGGAAUUAAGCAGGCUGUUAAAGUCGGAGAAGUUAUUGGAAGCGCUUUGCCUCGAAUUGGACCAUACAAAAAGUUAGACAACACUAAACAAGUCGUUGCUUUGAUUGAUGAUGAUUUAUGCAUUAAUUGUGGAAAGUGUUACAUGACUUGUGCUGAUUCUGGUUACCAAGCCAUUUCGUUUGACUCGCAAACUCAUUUACCAACUGUUACUGAUGAUUGCACAGGUUGCAAUUUAUGCUUGAGUGUCUGUCCAAUUAUCGAUUGCAUUACUAUGGUGCCAAAGCAAAUUCCACAUGUGAUCAAACGAGGAGUUCCAGAUCCGGAGAAGUUUUUGGUACAUGCUUUAAGUCCCUCACAAUAAUUUUUCUCAUAAAUAUUUCAUGUUUUAUGUUUUUUUUCCCAAUUUUAAAACAACAAUUUAUAUUUCAUAAUUAAUAAAGAUGAUGUAUUGCUGGUUGCAGACUUUUGCAUACAAAACGCA